GGGGGCAAGGCGGAGGGCAAGGGGAAGAGGAUGUGCGCGCCCACCUGGAGCACGGACGCCUACCGGACCUACCUGACGGUGCUCUUCAGCACCAGCAUCAUGGCCCCGGGAAUCAUCAUUGGCUUCCUCUACACGCGCCUGGCCAGGACCUACCUGGAGUCCCAGAGGAACCCCCCCCACAAGGAGAAAGGCAAGAGAUCCCCCCGGCAGAAGGUCCUCAUCAUGAUCUUCAGCAUCGUGCUGGUCUUCUGGGCCUGCUUCCUGCCGUUUUGGAUCUGGCAGCUGGUUCGACUCUACAGCAGCCCCCUGCAGCUCACCACCCAAACCCAGAAGUGCAUUAACUACCUGGUGACCUGCCUGACCUACAGCAACAGCUGCAUCAACCCUUUCCUCUACACCCUGCUCACCAAAAACUACCGGGAAUAUCUGCGCAACAGGCACCGCAACUUCUACAGGUUCACGUCCUCCUUUCGCAAGAGGGGCUCCAACCUGCAGUGCUCCUGGGGACGGUCCAUGUCCUCCAGCAACCAGUACGACUACAGCUCAGAGGCCCUGGGCAUGGCCACGCUGAAGGACAAGUGA